CUGAUUUUGCAGCUUCCAAAAUGGCCAUCACCCGCUCUGCAAACAAAAGAGAUUGGAAGUCCGGGAUGCCUUACGAGCUGUUGUGGUACAUCUUCACGAUGUUGAGUGCGUUUGAUCGAGUCAUCAACGUCUCUUGCGUGUGUAAGUCCUGGUGCUUGGCAGCUGGAGACCCAAGGCUAACAGCAACCCUAGACAUAGGGGAGUUCAGGCAAUCUUUGAAGCCCAACACUCCGCAACGGAGUGUAAAACGCCAGCUUCAGCUUGCAUUUGAGCGGGGUGUAAAAUUAAGCGGUUUAAAUCUCACCACCCUCGCUUUUGAUCCCUCAUUUCAAGUCACGGAGAAGCAUUUGAAAAACGCCUAUGGAAGGUGCACAAACUUGAAGAACUUAGUGUUGCCAUUAUCAAAUUCCAUUGGAAAACCAUGCCUCGCAAGAGCGUUUCGAGCGUGGCGAGAUUUGGAGUCUCUUCAAAUAAUGCAUCAUGAAAUUCUCCCACCUUACAAUUUCCUUGAAAUGGUUCAUUCCUAUUGCGCAAAUUUGGGUGUGCUCAAAAUCUCUUGCAGAAAGUUCGUCCCGGAAUUUUUCAAGCAUAUAGCCUCAUACAUGCCCAGAUUGAAGGUGUUAUGUGUACGUUGUGUUCGUUUCGAUGCAACUGCUUUGGGUGAAGAAUUAUCGAGAACCAAAGCGAUUGAGGAGAUGUACAUUUCUACAAUCACUAUCCAAUCUACGGGUAGUUUAGUGCUCCUCGACGACAUUAUGGCAAAGGCGAAUGACGCUCGAAGCAGCCAGGGUUUUCCGUGUAUUAAGGUGUUUCAUAUUUGUAACUGGAUCCACUGUCGUAAUUCUUGUAUGGCUUCAACCAUGUAUGACCCACCGGUUCAUCUCUGGGAUCUUUUGCAAGGGAUUGUUGUUUUUGGACCUAAUUAG